CCUUGGCGCACACUUCUCUACAGUGGCCUCUCCGACUCAGCAGACGAUAAUUCCUUCAGAUUUACCCCUAUCAAAGCCAUCCGAGCUCUGCCCCGUCUGUGGGAGCGCAAACCCGCUACACCCUUUAAGGGCGGACUGAAACCGCGGAAACUUUGGAAGCGCUUCCAAACAUCCUUUUCCAACAUGCAAACCCUCCAAGACACGACUGCUAUUAUCGAGAACGACGUACUGCAAACCGCGAUCAAUGCAUCCAAGGAUUCGAAUUAUGUCCGUGGCACGAAACGCAUGCGUGUCGGUUCUGAAGAGACUCAGAAUCACACCGAGGCUCCUCAGGGGGGACGUUCAUUCUUCGAGACCAAAUGGGACUCAGAGGCUGCUCGGAAAAAACGAAAAUUGCCCGACGCGCCCUUCGAUAUUUUUGACGAGAAGAAACAAAAUACCCCCCUCAUUGCCGGAAGCCAAUUUGAUGGACCUGCAGAAAACGCUAGCGCGAACGAAAUCGGGAAGCAUCUUGAAAACGUGAAUAUGGAUUUUGCGACGGCCACAUCCUCUCAGCCUCUCGGAAUGCUUCAAGGCCCCUCAAGGACCCCUGUAUACCAAGACGACGCCCAUGCUGAAAGCUCGGAACCUUCAGGUUCUGACUCGAUGGCCGCAAUCGGCGAAGCGUCCAGUUUAGCAGCUGAGAAACAAUCUGCAGAUGUCGUCGAGGACCUACAGAGCGAGAAAGCAGCCGAAGCGGCAGCGACACCCACUAAGGCCGUACGAGGUUUGACGCAAGAGCAGAAAGGGAAACUAGUACGCUCCGCAUUGCGUAGCUCGCUAGAUGGGGAGGACGCAGAGCUUCUCAACGACUUCUUAUCGAAAGCCAAAGCUAAGCGUGCGGCUAAGGCAACGCUAAUGAACGCCCAAGAACCACAUGUGGAUGCUACCGAGAAGUCUUCGAGCCCCGAAGAUUCACCAGAUGCUGAAUGCUCAACUCCACGAUCACGCCGGGCUUUGGAGGAUUUGGAUACGAAUUCACCAUCGACAGUCAAGGUCCAGAUAGUCUAUGACGACGAAACUCGAGAAAUCGUUGCCAAGAAAGAUCUUCAAGACGAUGAGCAAGCUCCCGCCAGUCCUGCAUACCGGCGCAGCAGUCGUGUCAAAGCUCCGCCAGCAGAGGCACCCGCCGCGCCUAAUGCAAUUUCUCUUCGACGCGCCAAAGGAACCGAAUUCGUUUUCUUGCAACGGACCGAAACCCAGGAGCUGGCGUUAGCCACCAAGCGCAACACUCGCAACAACAGAGGCAAAUCGGUUAUGCCCAAAUACGUGCUUGAGGCGAUGUCACAGCAAAAUGAGCCGUCGGAAGCUACUGAAAGCGAUCGGCCUGGACGGAAAGAUCGAAAGGACACCAGUCACCGUCAAUCACGCAAAAAUGUAUCUUGGAACGAGGAGCGCCUUGCAGAGUUUGAGGAUGAAGUUCAGACCUCAGAAUCCCAGGAAGAAGAGGCGGGUGCAAUCAGCAAAAAUGACGUCGGCGGUACUUCUCGUGCACGCUCUGGAGCAAAGAAAACAGAGAAGAAAGCAGUGUCCAGCAGCCGCAGCAGCCGAAGUCAAGUACAACAAGAGACUCGGGAUGAAUCCGCGAAUGUUGCAAGCGGCCCGACCACUUCGACUUCUGCAGCACCGCGAUCACGACGGGUGCGGCGCCUCGGCGAGUCGACGAUGACCUCGAGCACCCCUGUGAAAACAGGCAGUGGACGGGUCAGCAAGCCUCCCGUCGCUUCUACCCCCGCCGUGGCUGCUGUAGGGCCCUCAACUCCUACUAAGGGUCGCCGGAAGCUCGUUCCCAAGUCUCCUAGUUCGUCAAUGCUUCCUACCCCGGCUACAAAGAGCGCCGACCAGUUUUUUGCCAGUGGAAUUCCAACACGAAGUCUCACCGGCGAGGGGCCGAAGCGAAAGAGCAUGCUGGAGGCCAGCGCAGGGUGUACGCCUAUGCCGAAGCGGGUGCGAGCUCGGACUUGA